GCUCGUUUAAAGCCGCCGUGCGUGGACGGACGCGGUGCACUUCCGGCGUCGUUAUGGCGGCCAACGCGACCACCAAUCCGUCUCAGCUGCUGCCACUAGAACUCGUGGACAAGUGUAUAGGAUCAAGAAUUCACAUCGUGAUGAAAAGUGACAAAGAAAUUGUUGGUACCCUUCUAGGAUUUGAUGACUUUGUCAAUAUGGUGCUGGAAGAUGUCACUGAGUUUGAGAUCACACCAGAAGGAAGGAGGAUUACUAAAUUAGAUCAGAUCUUGCUAAAUGGAAAUAAUAUAACCAUGCUGGUUCCUGGAGGAGAAGGACCUGAAGUAUGAAUGGAUUUCCUUAACUUAGGCUAGAUUGUUUUGUCUUUUGAUGGCAAGAGAACAGAAUUUUUUUUAAUGUUUUAAUGAUUGGAUUCUAUAAAACUCAUUUUCCCGUUAAAGGGAAAUGCUUUGAAAAUGUAUACACGUUUUUCUAAGUUAAUCAUGAUUAUCUUGGAAAAAGAGAAAAGGAGUUUGUUCCUUGAAGACUGAAAAAUAAA